AUGAACAACAACCACCACUUCCAAAAUACACCCGCCGUUGGUCUCAGUUUCCACAACAGUCAUUACGCCGUGACAAAACAACGACACUACGCCGCUUUAAAUUUGCAACUCGAGCGCCUUCAAGUUAACAUGGCAAAACUGGAGAAUCAUGUCGAAACCACCGCGGAACAGUUGAGAAUGAUCGAGAAUUUCGGAAUCGCGCAGGGAGCUUUAUUCAUGGCAUCUAAUCGAGUUUUAGGACCACAAGCUAGUAAUAUCUAG